UGUUUGUAAAUACAUGACAAAGUUUUCGAAAGCUUUGGAUAUCCGUCGUCGGACUUUGUCGUCUUCUUCCGCCUGCAUAUUCAACUCUCCCUGGUUUCCUCAUUAGAUUUAAAGCGUAACUGACCUUCAAUAAAUCCCUUUGGUCAGCGGCGAUGUUGCAGCAUCAACCUCCGGCGAGAUUAGGGUUAACAAUCCCUCUUUCUCCCUCCGUUCAUAACCCUACCUUUCCUCUCCAUUCUACCUCCUCUCAAUCUCAGCACCACCAGCUCGCUGCUCCGUCGGCGACAGUCUCCUCUGUCGCUCUCCUCUCGCUCCUCCCUCCAUUGCCGCGAUCUCAGUCUCUUCUCCAGUGGAUGGCGUCGUUGGCUUCCAAGCUCUUUGAUGUCUCUCCCAGUCGGUCCCUCUGGCCCUCCGCCUUCCGCGGCUCUCUCCCGUCGUUUCUCUCCUCCCGCUCUUUGCCACCUCCUCCGCUCGAGAACCCUAACCCUUCUUCCACGAAGGAAAUCCUCUCGCUCUCCGAUUCCCUCCAGACGCAGCUCUUCUUGGCCGCUACGGAGCUACGAGAGAUCCUCGAUCUCCAGGAGGCGGAGCAGAAGAUGGCUCGUGAGAUCAAAUCCAAUGAUUCUUCCCUCCUCGCAUUCGCCAGCAGGCUCAAGGAAGCAGAACGAGUUCUCGACAUGCUCGUCGACGACUACUCUGAUUAUCGCCGGCCGAAGCGAGCCAAAACGGGAGGUGAGUCUCAGGAGGAAGAAGACAGCGACGAAUCUUUAUCCUCUGAUUUACCUUUGCCGCCUCUCGGAUGGAAACCUGGGGAUCCGGUUGAAUUGCCGCCAUUGGAGCCGAUACCUGCGCCUAAGGCUCCUCCAGGGCCGCAUCGGGUGCAGAUACAGGUCCGCCCGGUGCAGCUCGACAUUUUUGGAAGACGACGAUAG